AUGCUCCACAACCUCGCCCCCGGCGAGGAUCUGCGGCAUCCCAGAACGCCCGACUUGCCCUUCAACGGCUCAUCGCCCAUGCUGGCACAUGCCCCUCUCGCCAUCCCCAGCGACCCCUUUGCCAGCGGCGGCUCGCCCAUGAUUAUGCCGUCCCAGCCACCGACCUUCAAGGCCAGGCCCUCGCCUUUGGCCUCCAGCUCAACCAAAUUUGAUAGUCUCAGCCGCAAGCCAACGCUCCCCGCCACCGGCACCCUGGGUCGCUCCGUGACCAUCACCCGCGACCGCGAUGCCCACGCCGAUUUGCUCGCCAAGCUCACCGAAGACGCCCUCAAGAGCGCCGGUGUCGACUCGACGACCCUGAGCCGAUCAAAGUCCGUCAAGAAGCCGCCGGCCGAGGACAUGCUGAGCAGCAAGCCUAUUCCCAUCACAAAGCCCUCGGAUCCCUCGCUCUUCAUUCCCACCCUUAGCUCCUCGCCCGACACCCAGAGCCGAAUCGACACUCUGCUGCGAAAACCCACUGUCCGUGUUCGACCGGACUCGUCCCUGCCCUCGGCUGCCGACAUCGUCAAGAUGAUCCAGGGGCUCAAGGAAAAGGCCACCGCAGAUUCAACCUCGGACAUGGGCGCUCUCGAUCAGAUUGCGGCGGAGCUGGCUCGUCUCGAGCAGAGCAACGGAUCUGUGAGCGAUGUCGACAUCCGAAAGCUGGAGCAGCAGCUUUUGGAGCUCGAGGAGCUCAUGAAGUCGCUCUCGCCCACGUCUCCAUCGGCCCCAAGCACACCCGAGAACGUUGCUCCUGCCCCGCCACCAACCCCGCCAGCAAAGCUCACCCCAGAGGAGCUCAAGCGCCGGCGAGAGGUGGAGGAAGCCCGUGUCCGCCAGGAGCACGAGCUCGAACUGGCCAAGGCUCUCGAAGAAGAAAGCCGCCGCGAGGAGCAAAGGCGCCAAGAAGAGGCCCGUCUGCGCGAGCAAGAGCUGGAGCGGCAGCGUCUGCAUGAUCUGCAGAUUCAAGAAGAGCGCGAGCGCAUGCGAAUAGAGAAAAUCAAGCGCGAGGAAGAGGCCGAGGCCCAGCGUCUUGAGGAGCGCGAGGCCAAGCGUCGCCAGGAAGAGCAGGAGCGCCUCCUCAAAAUCAUCCAAGAGGAAGAGCGCCUCCGCAAGCUCCAAGAAGAGGAAGAGGCCGAGAAGCGACGUCUUGUUGAAGAAGAAAAGGCCCGCGAGGCCGAACGCAAGCGUCAGGAAGAGCUCAACGAGAAGCGCCGUCGCGAAGAGCGUGAGGCCAAGCAUCGUCGCGAAGAGGAAGAGCGCCGCCGAAAGCAGCUUGAGCGCCAGCGAGCUCUGGAGGAAGAAGAACGCCUGCGCCAAGAGCAAGAGCGCCGUGAAUACGAAGAAGAGCAGCGACGCAUUGCACUCGAGCGGAAGCGCCAGCAAGAAGAACAAGAAGCCGAGCGCAGGCGCCUCGAAGAGGAGGAAGCCGAACGCAAGCGUCUCCAAGAAGCCGCCGAGCUUCGAAGGAAGCAAGAAGAAGCAGCCGAACUGAAGCGCCGAGAAGAAGCCGAGCUGAAGCGCAAACUUGAAGAAGAAGAACGCAUCCGAAAGGUCGAAGCCGAGCGCAAGCGCCUCGAGGAAGAAGAAAAACGACGGCUCAAGGAAGAGCAGCGCCAGCGCGAAGAGCUGGAGGUGAUCCGACAGCAAGAAGAGGAGAUCCGUCGCCGACACGAGGAGGAGCUUGAGAUUCUGCGACUGGCUGAAGUCAAGCGCAAGCAAGAGAUCGAGCGCAUUCAAGAAGAGCGACGUCUCCUCGAAGAGCGUAUCCGUCGCGAAGAAGAGGAGAAGCAACAGAUACUGGACGAGCAGAAACGCCAGGAGGAGCGCCUUCGCCAGGAGAAAGAAGAGCUCGAGAAAAGAAUUGAACUGGAGCGCAAGGCCCGCGAGGAAGAGGAACAGCGCCUGCAAGAAGAAAAAGAACGACAGCGUCUGGAGGAACAGCGUAGACAGCAAGAGAUCGAGGAUCUCCAAAAGCGGUUGGAGAUGGAAGCCCGCAAGCGCCAGGACGAGCUGGAGGAGCGCCUCCGCCAGAACGAGCUCAAGCACCAGGAAGAGCUUACCCAGAUUAUGGAAGAGCGAAAGCGACUCGAACAAGAGGUCCGCCUCAAGGAAGAGAAAGCCCGACAGGAAGCCGAAGAGCAGCGCAAGCGCGACGAGGAAGAUAGGCGUCGUAGAGACGAGGAGCGGCGCCUCCAGGAAGAAGAAGCCAAGCGCCGCAAAGACGAAGACGAUAGACGCCGGCGACAGCGCGAGGCUGCAGAUGGCUCGGACAUCCGGCGCGAAAAGUCCGUCCCGCCCGAGUCCCGGCCCAAGCUCGAGAUACCCGGCUCUGGCUUCGAUGUCCUCGAAAAGCGGGGUCGUGUUGAGUACUCUGAGCGUCUCGGACGAGACAAUGCCUCCGGCAAACCCGAGCGCGAGCUUACCGGCCGCAGACACGGCGAUCAGCGCCGCCCCGAACGCAGCGUCGAGCGCCGCUUGGAUCGCAGUGUCGAGCGCCGUUCGAACCGCCCCGAAACCCCGAAAGGCAACCUGGAUGAUAUCUUCAGACCCUUUGAUGACCUCGAGUUCGAUCCCAAAGGGUUUGCGUCCCUCCCUCGUCCAUCGGCACAGCGCCCCGAUAUCCCUCCGCGUAGUCGGACUCCCGUGGCUCUUCCGGUCGGCGGAAGCUCGUCGGAGGUGCCUCCGAUGCCUCGACAAGCCACAAAUCUGAGUCGGUCCAAGAGCAGUGGUGCCAGCGCCGCCCGUCGACCUACUCCACAGCCGGUCGUAACAGAGUCCGUAUCGCCCCCCGCGGCCAAGAUGCGAGUGGAGGACUCAUCGAGCAACCGCGAGUCGCAGAGCACCGAGGGCGAUGGAAGCACGACCUCGAACGAACGGGAGCGCAAGCGCACCGGCAAGAAGACACCCUCCGGUGGCGUGUUUGGCGAACCGCAUCCGUGUGUACCUCCUCGUGGCAACUCCUUGGCGACGGUCGAAAAGGUCUCUCCCGAGACUGGCAAUACCAUUGCCGUCAACACCUUCAUUAGCCAUCUGGAUACUCUCCGUGGAGUGGCCUCUGACAAGGAAGACAAGACUGCCACGGCACCACCCCUCGUUCGAUCCAAGUCGGCCCGCAGCGAUCCUCGGCCUCCACGGAGCGCCCCCGUUGCCAUUGCUCAGUCUGGCCCCUCCAUGGCCUCUACAUCAUCUCCGGAGCGAUCUAUCCCGGCACGGGCUCCAUCGCGUUCAGACAACCGCGGCCCGUUGCGCUCAGCGACUGUCGUCCAGAACGAGAACCGGUCCUAUGGUCGACACCAGGCCCAAGCAGAUUCCAGCGCAAAUCCCUCGCUUCAUCGUCGUCAGCGCUCGGAGGGACCCAAACCCCUGGCUGAAAUCAGCGAAAAUGACUACACCCCGCCUCCACCCCGAGUCCCCUCUCGCAACCACAACCCCCCAGGCACCAUUGGAGAUGGCAAUGGAGUCAUUCGAACAAUGCCGCGGACGCACGCUCCAGUCACUCAUGGCGAGAACGGCGGCUCGUUCGGAACCGUUGGUCGCCAUCCAACGCGCCGAUCGACCGAGUUCCAGUACCUCCAGCCAGAGGGCGAAGGCAAGCCGCUCAAGGUUCUGAUCGAAACUGUUGCCCAGUCCGAUGACGAGCCAGAUUCACGUCCGCGACCCUCGCUCGACUAUGACGACUUGACCCCUCGAUAUGCCUCUUUGCGCCGCCAGCGCAACGACUCAACCUACCAUGGCCCCACCCCGCCUGUUCCCAUCGUUGCCCCUCCACCGCCGCCCCUGUCUCAGGGAUACGGGCUUUCCUCGUCGGGUGGCAAGGAUCAGGACGACUAUCCAACUCUGCGCAAGCGGAGCACAAGCUAUGCCCACCCGCACAGCACGGCCCCGCAUCCGCCCCACGGCCAGCAUGGAUAUGGACAGUCGCCGACCGAGCGGGGCCAACCCCCUGUUCCUUCCCGCAACCCUUACUCGACAAGCCCCGGCGGGUCGUACGAUGCCUUCAACAACGGACCAGCCGGCCCGGCGCCCUGGAACAACGUCGACGGCAAGCGAGACAAGAAGAAUUGGUUUGGCACGAUCACGCGCAAGUAA